AUGACCGUUCACCCCUUUGGCGCCACGUCUUCUCCCAGUUGUGCGAAUCUCGCGCUUCGUCAAGCCAUUGCUGAUAAUGCAGAAAAGUUCCUGAAACAUGUGAUCGAUCUAGCUAACGAGUGCUUUUAUGUUGAUGACUGCUUGUUCAGUGUGGAUACUGAGGAAGAAGCCAUAGGUUGGAUUGAUAACUUGAAGGCUAUCACUUAUUCAGGUGGGUUCCGUUUGGUGAAGUGGAUCAGUAAUGAAGAGUGCGUCUUGAGACCCUUACCUCCAGAAGAACUAAGGUCUCCAGAAUCACAGCAUAGAAUCCAGUACGGUUGCUUGAAAAGUGCACUUGUUGUGGUGUGGAAUACCACCGACGACAGUAUACAGUUCGACUUGAAGGAAUUCGAAGGCAGCCCUACUCGAAGAAAGAUAUUAUCCUUCGCGGCCUCCGUCUACGACCCUUUGGGUAUCCUAGCACCAGUUUUACUUAACCCAAAGCUGCUACUUCUGGACAUUGUCAGACAGAAAUUGGAAUGGGACGGACAGCUAUCCGAAGAAGAAAACAAUCCCUGGACCCGAUGGUUACAGGAGCUAAAGGAGUGA